GCUUUUUACACUCUUUUGACUCCUCCUCCUUCUCUCCUCUUUAAAACUCACAGGAAAUUUCUCAUUACCAAAAAGAAAAGAGAAAAAUGUCGAUUGCAGUAGCAAAUUCGCCGGUGUUCUCACCGUCAAGAGGAGUUUCAUCGAUCUUUAGCAAAACAUCAUCAGCAUCACCGCGGAGAUUAUCAUCGCCGUCGCCAUGUAGUUCUCCGUGCGGCAGACAAUCAUCAUCAUCACCGUUUAGAUUGAAACUACAGAAAUCACCGAUCGGUGGCGGUGGAUUACUACGUGUUUGUAACAGCAACAAGGAUGUUGUAAAUUCUGUUUCAACUAGUACGGCGACUAGUCCGGUUUUGAAGAGGAAGAGACCGCCGAUGAUGAUUAGUAUACCGCCGGUUGUGUCGUUGAGUUUUGAUAUGGAAAAGGAUAGUGAAGUGAAGGUGGUGGUGGAGAGUGAAGUGGAGAGGGAAAAUUAUGGUGUUUAUUGUAAGAAAGGAAGGAGAGCUGCUAUGGAAGAUAGGUACUCAGCGGUUGUUGAUUCACAAGGGGAUACUAAACAGGGCUUCUUCGGUGUUUUCGAUGGGCAUGGAGGUGCGAAAGCUGCAGAAUUUGCAGCAGAAAACAUGGAUAAGUAUAUUAUGAGUGAAGUAACAAGAAGAGGAGGAGAGGAGAUUGUUGAAGCUGUAAAAGAUGGUUACCUUGCAACAGAUUCAGAAUUUUUAAAAGAGGACCUUCGUGGUGGCACUUGCUGUGUGACCGCAUUGAUUAGAAACGGUGAUCUUAUUGUUUCAAAUGCUGGGGAUUGUCGCGCUGUUAUGAGUAGAGGAGGGAUUGCGGAGGCCCUCACAUCUGAUCAUCGUCCUUCAAGGGAAGAUGAAAAAGAAAGGAUUGAAUCCAAGGGUGGAUAUGUGAAUUUCUGCCAUGGUGUAUUGAGAUUACAAGGUUCUCUUGCUGUAUCAAGAGGGAUAGGUGAUAGACAUCUCAAGGAAUGGGUAAUAGCCGAACCAGAGACUAAAGUUCUUAGGAUCGAGCCAGAUUGUGAGUUCUUACUCCUUGCCUCCGAUGGUUUAUGGGAUAAGGUGAGUAAUCAAGAGGCUGUAGAUAUGGCUCGGCCUUAUUGCAUAGAUACUGUGAAGGCAACACCAUUAUCAGCUUGCAAAAAGCUUGCAGACUUAGCAAUAUCGCGGGGAUCAGUAGAUGAUGUAAGUGUCAUGUUGAUCCAAUUGGAGAGAUUCGUUUGAAGAAUGCUAGAUCGAUUUCAGUGUAGAUUGUAGAGAGACUGAAAUCUUCUUCGAGUACAACAACCGGGAAAGGAAUUUACUACUGACAAAUCAAUUCUUUUACUUCCCGCAAGUGUUCAUUUUUUUCGCGGAACUUGCGGCCGUUGACCUGAUUUAGUUCGCUUCCUUUAUGCAUCUAGUGGAAUAAAUAACAUGUUCAUGAUUGUAAUUAAAGGAACACAUUGUCCAUUGAUGUACUGACAAUUUUUUUAACAAGUAGUAGUAGUUAGAUUUCUUAUUAUUAUGGAAAUGAAAUAAUUAUAGAUCAAAUUCUUAUAUUAGUUUGCA